AAAACGUUACACGCCACAACAAACCCAGAGCGGGAACACCCCCACUUCCCUUUUUUAUUAUUAUUUAUUUUUUCCUUCAAUCGUGCCGCCCUCAACACCUCUCUCUCUCUCUCCAUCCACACAUACUUCUCUCUACAGAGUAAUCUGCCUCUGAAUGUGUCUCUUUGCCAUUUCAAAUCUCAAUGUCUUUCCAUCUCCUCUCUCUCUCCUCUCUCUCUCUCUCUCUCUCUCUCUCUGCAGUUUGACGACUGUCUCUCUCUCUCGUUCGCUUGAAGGCCUGUGUUUGAUCUUUGCUAUCUCUGGUGGAUAUUUGAGAAGUGUUUGAAUCUUGAUUUCUGGACGGAUACAAUGUGGUGAGUAUCGAUCUUGACUGGCAAUGGCGUCGAGUUCUACUCUGAGAUCUUCGCAUCGUUAUUCCGAGCGACAGGCUUCGUCUUCAUCCUCUUCUUCUUCUUACUCUUCUUCUUGUUCUUCGAGAAGCGUCAGUUUCAGUGGGCUGCAACACCCCCCUGCCCGCCCCAAGCUCCCUGCUUCAAGACGCUCUGUACCGACCAAUCCUCGAUUCCAACCCGACGACUGCAACUCAGAACCUGGAAGAGUGAGAGUUGCUGUCAGACUGCGACCAAGAAAUGCGGAGGAUCUUCUCUUGGAUGCUGAUUUUGCUGAUUGUGUUGAACUACAACCAGAGCUAAAGAGGCUGAAGCUGAGAAAAAACAGUUGGAGUACUGAGUCUUACAAAUUUGAUGAAUUAUUUACAGAAAGUGCCUCCCAAAAGCGUGUUUAUGAUGCAGUAGCUAAACCUGUUGUUGAGUGUGUAUUGAAUGGGUAUAAUGGGACAGUUAUGGCUUACGGUCAAACAGGUACUGGUAAGACUUACACAGUUGGCAGCCUGGGUAAAGAUGAUGCAUCUGAGCGUGGCAUUAUGGUCAGAGCAUUAGAAGACAUAAUUAGCAGUACAUCUCCUGCUUAUGAUAGUGUGGAAAUUUCCUAUUUGCAGUUGUAUAUGGAAUCAUUACAAGAUUUACUUGCACCAGAAAAGAUUAAUAUCCCUAUUGUUGAGGACUCCAAGAAUGGGGAAAUCUCGUUGCCUGGAGCUGCAGUUGUUAAAGUUCAGGAUCUUGACCACUCUCUGCAACUGCUUCAAGUUGGCGAAGCCAACCGUCAUGCAGAAAAUACAAAACUGAAUACAAAUUCCUCACGUAGCCAUGCAAUCCUUAUGGUUAAUGUUCGGAGAUCUUUCUCUGAAAGAGUGGACAAUGAGAUUGUUUCUCAAGAGAAGCACAUAAAGAGAGAAUUAUAUGGUGGCAAUGGCAUACAUACAGUUCGCAAAAGCAAACUGCUGAUUGUGGAUCUUGCGGGAUCUGAAAGAUUAGACAAAUCAGGCAGUGAAGGUCACUUGCUCGAAGAGGCUAAAUUUAUUAAUCUUUCCCUUACUUCACUUGGGAAAUGUAUAAAUGCAUUGGCUGAAAACAAUGCACACAUACCUACUAGAGAUUCCAAGCUAACGAGAUUGCUUCGAGAUUCAUUUGGAGGCUCUGCAAGGACAUCGUUAAUAAUAACAAUUGGGCCAUCUGCACGACAUCAUGCUGAAACCACUAGCACAAUAAUGUUUGGUCAGCGGGCAAUGAAAAUAGAAAACAUGUUGAAACUUAAAGAAGAAUUUGAUUAUGAAAGUCUAUGUCGGAAGCUUGAGAACCAGUUAGACCAACUCACUGUAGAAAUUGAGAGGCAGCAAAAAUUGAGAGAAACUGACAAAAGUGAUAUGGAAAAGAAGAUUAGGGAGUGUCAAAACUCCUUAGCCGAGGCUGAGAAGAGUCUGCUGAGAAGGUCUGAGCAUCACCAGCUUGAAAAUUCUAAAUACCAGAAAGUACUCAUGGAUACCACUCAGAUGUAUGAGAAGAAAGUUGCUGAGUUGAUUAAGCAAUUGGAAGAUGAGCGUGCUCGCUCCAUGAGUGCUGAAGAACAGUUGAAUGUGAUGAAGAAUCUUUUAAGCAAUCAUCAAGAUUCAACUCAGCAGAAACAUCAGAUGGAAAUUUCCGCAUACCAAAAAGCACUUGCAGACACCACUCAAAUGUAUGAGAAGAAAAUAGCGGAGUUGUUGAAGAAGCAACUGGAGGAUGUGCAUGCCCAUUCUAUAGGUGUUGAAGAAAAACUGAAUGUGAGUCAGAAGCAGGAAGAGAUUAAUGAACUAACUGUGAAGUUACGAGACAAGUGUCAACUAUAUGAAGAUCUUUUAUCAGAAAAGGAAACAUUAAAAGAGGAAAUUCAUGGUGUGAGGCAAGAGCUUUUAGUUGAAGAGAAGCAAAGGAAGACUGUUGAAAAUGAGCUAGUCAGGAUAAAGAAGCUUUUACCUCAAAAUGAUGAUGAAGGCGAGCAGGAAAAGAAGUUAUAUUUGAAGGAAAAUAUAGGCAGAGAAUCUUUAGCUUUGACUCGAAUGAUUCUGCACAAGCCAAACCAAGCAGUGGAGACAGUAUCUUCUCAGAGGGCUACAAUUACACAGAUGUGCAAAGAAGUUGGUCUUCAAAAGAUAUUAGCUUUAUUAUCAUCUGAAGAUAUAGAUGUCCAAAUCAAUGCUGUGAAGAUGGUGGCCAAUCUUGCUUCUGAAGAUAUCAAUCAGGAAAAGAUUGUGGAGGAAGGAGGUUUAGAUGCACUGCUCAGAUUGUUGCAAUCAUCACAAAAUGCAACUAUUCUUAGAGUGGCUUCUGGGGCGAUUGCCAAUUUGGCAAUGAAUGAGUUGAAUCAAGGCUUAAUAAUGAACAAAGGAGGUGCUCGCCUACUAACGAACGCAGCAUCCAAGACAGAUGAUCUGCAAACUCUUAGAAUGGUUGCUGGGGCAAUUGCUAAUUUAUGCGGAAAUGAAAAGUUGCAUAUUACACUGAAAGAAGAUGGGUGCAUCAAGGCUCUCCUGGGAAUGGUUAGAUCUGGGAAUAUCAAUAUCAUUGCACAGGUUGCUAGAGGAAUGGCUAAUUUUGCAAAAUGUGAAUCGCGGGGAAUUAUUCAAGGGCAUAGAAAAGGCCGUUCUCUUCUAUUUGAAGAGGGAUUACUUGAAUGGUUGAUUGCCAAUUCUAAUACUACUACAUCUUCAACUCGGCGCCACAUUGAGCUUGCUCUUUGUCAUUUAGCACAAAAUGAAGAUAAUGCCAAGGAUUUCAUAUCCUGUGGAGGGGUGCAAGGACUUGCUCGUAUAUCAGUUGAGUCCACCAGGGAAGAUAUCCGCAACUUGGCAAAUAAGACUUUGAAGUUGAAUUCUAAAUUUCUUGCUGAGAUGGAUGGGAAACAAGCUAGAAGAUGAUGUACAGGACUGUCCCUCCAUUUUCCUUUUUUUUUUUAAAAUGAAAUAAAAUCAAAUUUAUAAUUUGAUUUCUUCAUGUUCUAUUCAAUGCUCACCCCAUAAUGUUACACAAAUCAAAGUGCAAUUUUUGAAGUGCACACAAUAUCAGUGCCCUCUAUUUUGCUUAGCCAGGCAAA